AUGUCGCAGAUCGUCGAGAUACAGUCUACCUCACAAUUCUCCACCCUCCUUGCGAACUCGACGAUAGUUGUCGCCGAUUUCUAUGCCGAUUGGUGUGGACCAUGCAAGGCCAUCGCGCCUAUCUACGAACAAUUGUCAGCCCACCUCUCCAAACCAAACAAGAUCACGUUCACCAAGAUCAACACGGACAACCAGCAAGAACUAGCCCGAAGCUAUGGCGUUACUGCCAUGCCUACCUUCAUGAUCUUCAAGAACGCCCGGGUCACUGAUACAAUUCGCGGCGCGGACAAGAACAAACUAUCUGCUGCGGUACAAAAAUUGGCAGAAGAGGCAGGCAAAGUGGACGGCGACGGCGGCGAGGGCUCGAGUGGAUCGAGCAGUGGGUGGAUUGGUGCCGAACUGCCUCGCGGUUACUCAGAUGUGACCUCGCAGGUAGACGUGACCGGUUUGGAGCUACUGAAUUGGGAUUCAUCGGGGGGCAAUGCAAGGACUGUCUUCCAAACAACAAAGGCCAAGAAUGAGCGAUCAGAUCGGGUGGAGAGCGACACGGACGAGCAGCUCAUGAUUUUCAUGCCCUUCCAGUCCAUGCUCAAAGUCCACACCAUCCACCUUACAUCACAGAACCCGACCGAGGAGGAGGACGACGAGCUUCCUUCGCGGCCCAAGCUCGUGAAGGUCUACAUCAAUCGUCCCUCCAUCCUCAGCUUUGACGAAGCCGAAGGCACACCUGCAACCCAAGAGAUCGCGCUGUCGGAGAAAGACUGGGACCCGAAGACCAACACCGCUAAACUCGAACUACGCUUCGUCAAGUUCCAGAACGUCACAAGUCUUGUGCUCUUCGUGGUCGAAAGCGAAGGUGACAACGAGAAGGUCCGCGUCGAUCGGAUACGCAUUGUGGGCGAGACGGGCGAAAAGAGAGAUGGCAAGAUCGAAAAGAUUUCCGACGAGUAG